CUGCAGUGCAGCAGCCAACUAGCAACCAGUUAGCAACCAGCUAGCCGACCUGACUACUAUUCACAGAGAAAAAAUGGAUGAAAAUAUGAUAAAAGUCAACGGCUGUCAGACUCUCCCCCUCCGCAUGGGCCCGUAAACAUGUCCACAGAUGACAGUAUCUCUGAGGACGUGUCCAGCUCGGCGGCUUUGAGCCACUGCCAUGUCAGCGCCGACGGGGAUGCGGGCAAAGAGAGCGAGACGUCUCUGGUGUCCUCUGAGGGGACGUCGGCGUCGGGGCUGGCCGUCUCCGAGGACAGGCACACCGCCUCCCAGACGACGGGAGGCACCGUGGAGAGCCGGCCCGUGGACAUCACACCAGCAUGCAACAAGAUCAGGAGUCUGUGUCUGAGCACAGGCGAAGCGUUCGAACAAGGGAAGAAUCUCCCGUUCAUCAACCCCAGCUCCCUGGAGACCCUGAGGGCCCUGGUGCAGGAGAUCCAGAGCAGCGGCGAGACGGACCCCGAGAUCUGGAAGGACUGCGAGGGUCGAUGGUUGCAUCUGUUUCAGCUGGUUGAGAAGCAAUACCAAGAGCAAAUACUCGCUCAGCAAGAACAAUACCAGUGCCAAAUACAGCUGAUUCAGGAUGAAAUCAAGGCCCUGGUUCAGCUCCAGAACCGCCAGGCCAGCAUCCAGCCUCACACAGAGUUCUCGCCAACGCCGGUGACCAAAGCCGCCACAGACACAAAGGACUACAUGUUCCCCCUCCUCUCCGGCGACUGCACAGCCCCCAAAAACCUGCCCAGUGACAAUGACAGCCUGGCAGCCCCCUUCCACACUCCCUUCAGCUCCCCGUCGCCUCCGCUGCCCAGAUCGGACGCCACCAACCAGCGCGAGGAGCGCGAUGAGCGGGCGACCACAGUGCUCAGCAGUGGAUACGGCACUCUGUCCGCCUGGGAGACGGGCCUGGAGACGUCGGUGUCUCCGGGAGAAGACGAGGACGUUGGUCAAAGGAGGGAGAAGCAGCGCUGGUCCACUGACUUCCAGGAAGACACGGACCAGUCAGCGUACCAGCAGAAAACCUCUGGCAGCACCAGCCAGCAGCAGUUGACCUCCUGGGCCCAGAGGCAGAAACUCCGACCCAAGAAGAACAAAGCAGGACCAGCUUCACCCCAGAUCCCCGAGUACCAGGAGCUGCCUCGCAGCCCGGGAGAAUCCCUGAAACUGACCCCGGUGGAGGGCACAGACUCCCAGGACCAGCAUCGACCGGCCUGGCCCCCGUCCAGCUCCCUCCCCCUGAGGAGGAGCGACAGCCUCGUGUCUGAGGCCUCAGGUCUCACCUACUGGCGUCUGAACGAGUGUGAACUCUAUCGCCCUCUGCCCGACACCUUCGACAACAGCGCUUUGUUCCUUCUGCAGGAGGCGUCCAUGAGUCUCUCUCCGUCUCAGGAGCCUCGUCUGUCCCUCAGAGAGAUUUACCAGAACAAGCAGAGAUCGGACUGUAAACGCUCGGACUGGGACGGUUCCCUCACCUCCAGCCCUUCGUCUCUGCAGGUGUUGACGCUGGAUCCGGCCGCCGCCACCACGCGUCAGUCCGACCGCACGUCCGGCUUCACCUCCCCCUCCCACUUCAGCAGCCCCUCGUUCGCCGCCCAGCCCCACCACCACCUCUACCCCCGGGUGGGGACCCCCGUGACCCCGGACAGCAUGGUGGAGGGCAGCCCCAACCCCGGAGACACCGACUGCCUCUCCGACACCUCCAGCGUCUCCGCCGCCGCCGCCGCCGCCGCCGGCCCCUCCCCCUCCAAGGCGCCGAGCUCGUGGGGAAACGCCGGCCGAGCCGUCCAGUCUACCCUCCACCCUGCAGACAGCCAGCAGCGUCGGGCCAGCGCCCCCCCAGCCAGCGAGGAGGAGGCCAGUCACACCCACACCAGCACCCUGAAGCCAUCGCCGGCCUCCGGCGCCGCCCUCAGGCCGGCGGUCGGUCCUCACAUGGAGAGAGCUUCGUCAUUAGAGGAUCCCGUCGUCCUUUCUCUACUGAGGCAGAACCUGAGGGAGAAACACUCUCGACACGUGGCUGAUCUGAAGGCUUAUUACGAGUCAGAGAUCCAGAUCCUCCGGGACAAACUCCAGCUCCGAGAUCUGCCGCAGGAUUUAGAGAAGAGCAACCAGGCGCUCACACAAAGGUGCAAACAUCUGGAAAAAGCUCUUUCUGAAGCCACCAGUCGCAUUCAAGAACUAGAGGCAGCGAACAGCUCGCUGGAGAAAAAACUGGCAGAAUGGCCGGAGCGCUACGCCGUCGCCGGCGCCACCUUGAAAUCGCUGCAGCAGCGUCUGGACGAGAGCAAGCGCUCGGGCAAAGAGAAGGACGCCCUGGCGGCGCGUUUGAAGACCCGCGUACGGCAGCUGGAGGAGGCGGCGCAGAAAUCCUGCAGGGAGGCGGACGAGAAGGAGACAUGCAGGCAGAGAGAGUACAAGAUGCUGCAGGACCUGCUCGGUGAAUACGACUCUUUGGUGAAGGAGCACGAGGGCGCGAAGAACAACCUGGUGUCGACAGAAAACCGACUCGUGGACGCAAACGAUCAGAUAUCUGAGCUGAAGAGAGUGAUUUCUAAGCUGGAGGCUCAGGUGAAGCAGCUGGAGCACGAGAACCAGGCCAGGCUUCGUUACGCCUCCCACAGCAACACCCAACCGUCCGGCGCCGGCCUUUACCACCACCCGGACCUGCUGCUGUCUCCCAGUAAAUGCAAAUCAGAGCCGGACGUCACCCGCAGGAAGUCUCCGUGUCCCCCGUCCGACCACAUGAACGGCGGCAGGAAAUCCCAGUUCCCUCAAAGCAGCCACCACAAGAGGGCGUCGUUUCCGCUGAGCGACCAGUCGUCGGGGACGGGCAGCUCCGUGGACGCCUCUUCAGCCGGCGGCGGCAGCUGGAGGUGUGCGUCUCCUCCCGAGAGCGAGCAGUCUCAGAGCAGACAGCAGGAGCAGGGCCAGAAGGAGGCGGGAGGAGGAGGUCGGAGGGACGGGUCCUGCGCCAUGACGCCCAUGAUGAGGGCGCUGAUAGAGCUGGAGGAGACGAGGGCCACCGAGAGCCGGGCCCCGUGUAAGAGAAGACCCACCCUCCACAGGCUCGGCGGUCAGAGGGCGACCGUCGGGUUUGUGGAGCGGAGACACAAGGAGCCGAUUCAGGAGCGAGCCGGGCUCCUUCAGACGGACCGGGAGCCAACGGGAGGCGACCGAGCUGGACCGAAGAGUCGACCCGGAGCGGAAAGAGCUGCAGCUCUGCUGAGAGCUCAGAGGAGUUUGUCUCCAGACGGACACAGAUCCUCCUCCCUGCCUCCGCCAGCACAGAGGAAUAUUCCUCCAACUACUCCCACAAAGAGAGAAACGUUACUCCGGCCUCUGUCGGCCAAGUCCAGCCCCAAACGCUGCCCCUCUGAGAACUACUCCACCGCCUUCGGUCACCAGAUGCCCAGAGAGGAACACCUGCUGCAAAGUUCGGAGGGACAAGCCGAUAAGAGACGCCACUCGUUCCACAGCGGGAGCCCCAGAAAGAGACUCCAGUUCACGUCAGCAGACAGAGAAGAUGACGUCCAGGAGCCGUCGUCCUCCGGCACCAUGAACCCACCGGACGGAGACUCCCAGCCGGUCUGGGAGGACCAGGGGGUCUGUGGAGGAGCCGGCCCGCGGGACUCCUUUGAGGACUCGUCUCCUCUGUUCCUGGACCGGCUGCAGUCGCUGUCCGAGGCCGAGAAGCUGUUUGACGAGCUGACGCAGGAGAAGAUGCAGAUCGAGGCAGCUUUGAGUCGGAUGCCCGGAGCAGGCGGCAGAGUGAGUCUCCAGACCAGGUUAGACGAGGUGGCCUUGGAGAACCGCCUGGAGAGACUGAACCGUCAGCUGGGAUCCAUCCGAAUGACCCUGAAGAGAUUCCACGUCCUCCGUUCCUCCGCCAACAUAUAGCAAAGUCUGUGUUUUUACAUCAGCGUCAAAACCACCGCGACUCAUCGGUGUCCUGGUUUUUCUACGCAGCACUGAUUGUCCUCCAGUCAUUUCCUGUGCCAUGAACUCACCUGUACAGUCUUUUUAUACGCAACCUCUUCUUACUCGGGGAUAUUUUUUAUACAAUUUUUUGGAGUAUAUUUUUAGUAAAAGCGCAGAUUUGUAAAGUCGUUUACUUUUUUAGUCACAGAAAUAUUAAUAUGAUUAAAAGUGGCCAUUUUCAGAAGUAGAUUUUUAAAUAUUUCAGCAUCAACGUGGACGAUCCUGAAGACCACUGCCAUCCUUGCUCCUGUGUUUCUGUAGAUUUUUUAUUUUUUUUGCCAUUGGACAUGAUAUAAAAUAUAUUUAUUUAUGUUUUUACAUGUCAGAUAAAAACUUAAAGAUGUUUGUAUUCCUUUUUAUUUAUCAGUGUUUACUUGAGUUUUGGGCCAAAUUUUCCGGAACUUGAAGGAAAUAUUUGUUUACUUGAAUAAUAAUUUUGCCUUUUACAUUCCAUCUACUUGUGGCUUUUCCGUUUUUAGUUUUUACGUUUGACCGUCCGCUUUAGAGUCAGACCAGCACUCUCACACAUUUCCACACCGACUCUGUGGCUGUUUUUCUCCCUCAGCGACGCUUGUGCAUGAGUUUUUUCUUGCACUGCUUCCUAUUUGCUAUGAAGUUUCCCUACAAAGAUAUGAACUUCACUGGACCUGUAAUGUUGUUGUUGCACAAUAAAUGCAUUUUUUUUUUUAAAUAAAU